CUGUUUGUUUUCUAUACGUGUCUCUCUUUAUUGAUGCUGUAGCUGCCAAAAUGGAUAUUCUUUUGUUAAUAUCAAUUGCAUCGUUGCUCGUUGUUCUGAUUGUUGGGAUCACAUGGUUUUCGAAACGUGGCACAAAGAAAGCACAACGCGAUGGCGCACCGGCCGCACGAGGACAGGAAGCAGUACGACGAGCUGGUGUCCGUGGAGUUCGUCAACGACGUGCCCCAGCUCGGGUGGUGGAGGAACCGCAGCAGCACGAGGACAAUGCUAACGAGGAUGAUGAUGAAACUCCAGCCGAAGAAUCUACCGAUCUGAGCAAAGUUGGUGCUAAAAAGCGUGCUAAGCUGGAGGCCAAGGCUGAGCGCAAGGCUCAACGAGAAAUAGAGGGGCGUGAGCGCGAGGAGCGCAAACGCCGCGAUCAGCAGCAGCAGGAGGAGCGGGACAAGCAGAGCGCCCUCGAGCGCGAGGAAGAGCGAAAACAAGAAGAGGCCGAGCGAAAGGCUCGCGAGGAAAAGGAGAGGCGGGAGCAGGAGGAGUACCUCAAGCUCAAAGAGGCCUUCAGCAUCGAGGGGGAAGGCUACGAGGAAAAGGACGAGGAGGCCGAGAGGAACCUGCUCCAGGAGUUCGUCGACUACAUCAAAAGCAGCAAGGUCGUCCUUCUCGAGGAUCUGGCCCAGCAGUUCAAUUUGAGGACGACCCACGCGAUCGAGCGAAUCCAGCAGAUGCUGUCCGAUGGCAUACUCAGUGGUGUGAUCGAUGACCGUGGCAAGUUUAUUUACAUAGCGCGGGAGGAGCUCGAGGCCGUGGCCAAGUUCAUCCGACAGCGGGGGCGGGUCAGCAUCGCCGAGUUAGCCGAGAAGUCGAACGAUCUCAUCAAUCUCAACCCGGGAACUCAGUGCAAACCUGUCGAGGCUUAGGAUACGUGUAGCUGCUGACGUGACUGGGAUUGGGGAUUACGAUUGGAUCUUUCGUGGGGAUCAAUGUACAUAAUUGAAUAUAUAUUUUUAACGUUAUUUAAUAAAAAAAACUUCUUUUUUUUUCU